CUCCUCUCUAACAGAAAACAGCAUCAAUGGCUUCCAAACUUCUGACCACCUUCUUCACAUUUCUCUCCCUUUUCUUCUUCUUCUUCUUCUCCUCCUUGGCGAUCACUGUUGCCGCCCGGCCCGUGCCCGACUUUCCGAACGCUUUUCCAGCCACGACUCGACAUGGGUUGAAGGUUGUGGAUGAUGUUUUGGAGGAGGAGAGCUGUGGAGGGAUUGGAGAAGAAUAUUGCUUGAUGAGAAAAACUCUUGCAGCCCAUCUUGAUUAUAUCUACACAGAUAACCAGGAGCCAUGAUGAUUACUAUUAUUUUCAUUCUGAGAAUAUAAUUGAGGGAAAAAUGAAAAUGUGACCAGAGGGAGAGAUUCUUCAUUUUGGAGAAUUUGGAUAUAGUCGGAGGUCGAAGAAAUCAGAAGUUUUUUUAGUAGCAAGAGUGGAGAUUCAAACUUACGAUCUCUUAAUCGGAGAUAGGUGCCUUACCCAGUUGAGCUAUGCUCAAUAUUUUAACCAUAAAUAUACUUUAUCUUAUUAUCCUUUCAUUUUACUAAGGAUAAAACUUGAAAUUGUUAAAAAUAUUCAUAUGGGUGAGUAAAAUGUAUAUGCAUAGCAUUUGGAAAAUGGGCAUGGGUGAGGGGUUGCACUCUUCAUUCAUUUGUUUACCUCUUUUUAGUGCAAUAAAUAAAUUGGUAGUUUGGAAGUUGUCUUUAAAACCUA